CGGCACUGUCGAAUGAGCUGGAAUUUUGGUGGAAAAUCUCGGGUAUUUUGGAAAUUAUGAAGAGAAAGGCUGAUAAACAAGCUGCGGCUGCUCCGAUGAGCGCCGUUGCGGCGCGCAAAGCUCGCCAGCAGCAGGCGCAGACUGCUGCACCCCCGGCGAAGCCGUCAAAACCUGAAACCUCCGGCGAACCCCCUUCUAAAAAGGCGCGGCGCACCCCCGAAGAAGAGGAAGAGAAUUCGGUACAGGCCGCCGGCGUAGACGACCGCCGGCAAACGAGGCGAUCAACCCGGCGAAAGACAGAGGACUCGAAGGCACAAAGCACCCCGGAGAAGAAGGCUAAAGCACCAGCCCCGAAACCUACCGAACAAGGACCGCCUCCUAGUGCCUCUCAGGACAAUGAGAACGAAGGUGCCUCGGAGGAAUCAGAUGAGGAGGAUGCCAUUGUGGGGGAGAACGGGAUCGGCUCUGUGCAAAAUGAUGACGAUGAAUAUGAGUCUCCUGCAGAUACCCCGGCUCUCGCACAGGAGGAGUUCCCGUUGUCAAGAACUCGUUUGAACAAAAGCAACAUCGUCUACAGCGAUGAGGAAAGACUCUGUGUUCGGAUAAAAGACAAGAUGAGCUUGGUGUUGCUUGGCCACUACGACCUUUGGGUGAAACGAGGCGUGAUCAGUCUGAUGGGCGCCAAGUUGCAUCCAUCGUCUCGAGUCUACAGAGUCUAUGCGCCCUCGACUCACUCUCUGCCUGUCAUCAAGUGUGUCGCUAGUGUCGACGGAGCGGCAGAAAUUGAGGUCAAAUCCUGCCACAGCGGUAUCUACCGUCUGAGGGACCUGUCUCCUCUAUAUCAACGUGUGUGGAAUGGAAAAAACACCGCCGCCGACAAGCUCACCUUGAAAAAAGAACCGGCAUCUACUAGAAGGACAUUCUCCGUUUUGUAUACAUCCGCCGACGAUUCUCUCAAGCGACACUUGCGACCACUGCAUCUGGAAAAGCAAUGGAGCUCGGCUAUCAAGUCUCUCUCUCAACGUGGUGGACGGCUUAAGACACUAAUCUGUGGUCCUAAGGCGUCUGGAAAAUCCACCUUCAGUCGAUAUCUCUUGAACCACCUCCUCAGUCCCGCCCCGCAGACCGAGACCAACUACUACAACACCGAUGGCGUUGCCUUCCUCGACCUCGACCCCGGCCAGCCCGAGUUCUCCCCUAUGGGCCAGGUCUACCUUGCGCAUCUGCGGUCUCCUGUCUUUGGUCCCCCGUUCUCUCAUCCGUCGCUGGACGGUUCGCAGACCGGCACGAUGGUGCGCGCACACCACAUCGGAGCAACAUCGCCCAAGGACGACCCCGACCACUACAUGCUCGCGGCCAUGGACCUCAUGGACCGCUAUCGCGCCCUGCUCGCCACCUACCCCCAAUGCUCCCUCAUCAUCAACUACCCGGGAUGGAUCUUCGGACUCGGCCUGGAAGUGGCGACCUGGCUGGUGCGCUCGCUCGGGCUGUCUGACGUCGUCUACAUGAGCGAGAAGGGGCCUACCGAAGUGAUCGAGCCCCUUGGACAGGCGGCGCACGAAGCCAUGGUCCCUCUCACCAUCCUCCCAUCUCAGCCCACCGAUUUCGUCAGCCGGUCCAGCGCGCAGCUGCGCACCAUGCAGAUGCAGUCCUACUUCCAUCUGAACCACGCCGACGGCAUCAGCAACCCGCUCUGGCUCGACCAGCCCCUCUCCCACACCCGACCGUUCCGAGUCUCCUACGCCGGGCCCAACCAAGGCAUCCGCGGCAUCAUGGUCAUGGGCUCCCAGAUCGACCCGGACCUUCUGCACGACGUCCUCGACGGCGCCCUGGUCGGCGUCGUCGCCGUUGAAUCCCCCCGCGCCAUCCUCGGCGAGACCGACCGGGAACAACCAACAAACGGCGCUCCGGACGCAGAGGACGAGGAAAUGGAAAACGCGUCCCACGCCGGUUCCGACGUCAACAUGGACGACGACGAAGCCGAACCCACCACCCCCAAACCCCAAGACCACCCAUCCACCACCACCACCCCCUCCUCCAUCGACGCCAACAUCACCCGCACGCGCAACGAAGACCUCCCCUACCUCUUCGUCGGCGCCGGCAGCUGCACCCCGCUCGACCCCCGCGCGUCGCAUAGUCUCGGGCUGGCGCUCGUGCGCUCCGUCGACGUCCCCUCGCGGCGCCUCGAGCUGGUGACACCCAUCGCGGGGUCCAAGAUCCGCCAGGCCCUGGAGCACGGGAGCGGCAUCGUGCUAGUGCGCGGGCAACUGGACAACCCGAACUGGGCCGUCAGCGAGGAGUACCACGGCGCACGGGCCGCCGAGAAGCGGCAUCGCGAGUCGAUCGACAAGGCCAGAAAGAUCCAAAGUCAAGGAGGCGAGGAGAAGGCAGCAGGAGGAGGCCUGGACCCGGCGACGCGAGCGCGGGUGUCUGCCGCUCUUCGGGACCGCGUCCGCCGCGCAAGCAACGUGCCGUGGAUGACGGUCGUCGAUGACAGUCGGCGACAGAGGGAGGCGGCCUCGCAGCGCGAGAAGUCGCUGUGGAAGCUCCGGAAGAAGGCAUAUCCGGGGAGUGAGAGCGAGGGGGAUUGGUAGACAAUUUUCUUUCUUUAUUCUAUUUAUGCUACAGUCAUUCAGUACAUGUACCAUUGCU